AUGAAUAACGAAAACACCAAGGUAUACAUCAGAGUUUCUGGCAAACGGCCUGAAGGAUUUAUUGACCCUAAACCCUUUGAAUGGGGAUUUAAGAGAGAUAAAAUUCUAUGGACGAGGAUAUCUAAGAUGGAGUCAUUAGAGGAUAUGGAUUGGAAAGAACUCUGCCAGGAUUUGGGCGCUCCAGAAUCCUUCUUAAAAAAACGCAGCUAUAUGCUAUUCCAGAAGCAUCUUAAGUUACUAUCUGAACAAAUGAGCGAUUCACCACGAAUGCGGUCCCCACUGGAUACUCGAAACUCCGUGGACGAAACCAUCUUACAGAACCUACAAGCUUCCAAGAUACUGAAUAAUAGGUUUGACGUUCCGAACAAUGAAACACUAGAUACCACAACUAACAAGAAUAAUGAGGAAUCUGGUAGUGACUUGUCUUCAAGCUUAAGUGUGAGUAAAUCUGCACUUGAAGAUGCUCUAAUGGAUCGCCUACAGCUCUGA